CCUAUGAAACUAAACAGCAUCCAAGAGUGUGAAUGAAAGAUGCUUACACUGAUUGUUUUUAAGAGUGUGCCUAAAAUAUGACAAUGUGUGAAAACCCGGUUCUGUGUUUUCAUGGUCAGAUGAUUGUGCCAGCCCUUAGCUAAACUGCACCACAAAGGUUGUCACACAGGUUUUCCUACACGCCCACAGAUGCAUGCCUGAAAUAAACACAGGGGCGUGGAAACUACCCUGCCUGUUUCAUCAUACUUUAUCCGGCUCCUUCACCCAGUCUGUUGAAUUGCUGUAGACGUGUGUGAGUGUGUGAGUCGGCUGUCACCUCACCGGCUCCAGCUGUGUGUACACUUUAGUGAACAAACGCACUAAAGAUGGCGGGGGAGUGCAUUCCAGAGGGUCCAAACCUGAAGGAGAUGGGCGAGGAGGAACUUUGGGAGCUGAUCAAUGACAACCGCCACCGGAUCUCCUUAGGGGUCCGACCGUGCAUCUUAAUCCCGUACCUGAGGCAGGUCAAGGUUCUCACAGAGGUCGAUGAAGAUGAGAUCCUUUCCUGUCAUAACCUGACUAACCGCUGCAUGAGAACAAGCUACAUGCUGGAUCUGCUGAGGACCCAGGGAAGAAAUGGAGCUAUUGCUCUGCUAGAGGGCCUGAUGAUCCAUUAUCCAACUCUCUACACUCAAGUUACAGGACGCAAGCCCAGCACAGAGCCCUCGAGAUUCAGUGGUCUGAUUAAGUACUCAGAGCUGACCGAGUACCUCAUCAGAGCAGUAACAGGGAUGCAGACGGAGUUGCAGGAGGCUCGCAACGAGGCUGGCAAGAUGGGUGCGCGCUGCUCCUUCCUGGAGUCGGAGGUCAGACAGCUAAUGGCGCAGGAGGAGAAGUCCAGGCAAAUUCAGCCCGAAAAUGAACGCUUGCAGAGACAUUUGAGUUCUCUGCAACGGGACGUCACCAAGCUGAAGGACGAAAAGUGCGAUUUGUAUAUCCGCUACACUGCAGCCAUUGAGGAGAAAUCGGCUAUAAACGGGCGUCUCCAUGACCUGAACCUGCAGGUGUAUCAGCUGCAGACGGAGCUCCAGAGCAUUCAGAUGGAGAAUGAGUUCCACAAACAGCGCUCCCUCCGAAGUGUUUCUCCUUCUCAGACCCCACAGCUGCAGGAGGCUCAUAAGGACAUUCUGCAACAGGACCUGGCAGAAGCAAUUGACAGCCAGGUGGAGCUUGCAGAGCACCUAAAGAACUACAGAGAAGAGAAUGAAAAGCUGCUCAGAGACAAACAGGGGCUUGUGGAUCAAACAGAGGCUUUAAGCCUUCAGGUGCAACAGCUUUCUCUGGACUGUAAAAUGCACCAGCAGAAGAGCACUGUGGUCCAGAGCCAGAUGAAGGAACUUCAGGUAGAAAGGGACCAGGCCUACCAGUCCAGAGACGAUGCCCAGGCCAUGAUCGCCCGCAUCCUGGCUGAGAAGGACACAUUGAGGAGUCAGCUGGUGGAGCUCCAGGAGGCCGUCUUCAUUUUUCAGGCCAAGCGCAGCCCUAGAACCCAACGGCAGAGAUCUGAUGUGGAUAAUAUCAGCUGGGAGAGCCCAACUUCCAGCUCUGAAGAAUCUCCACUUCCAGUUCGACGAAGACUUCGGCGAAUGGAUGCACUUAACCCCAUGUCCCUGAGUUCCUGCUAUUCAGAAUCAGAAGAUGCUGUGCCCACCAGUGUCCGAUCCAAAGGCGUCGAGCCACCCAGUCCAGAGUCUCUCCGUCGAAGACAGGAAGUUUUAUAUGCAGACAGCAGUUUGGAGACAGCAGAGACUGAAUCUCUACUGGACGACUUUGUGUGCCUUUCUGAUGCAGAGAUUGAAGAAGAGCAGAAACCCAGACCGUCCUUUUCUCAUGGCUCCAACUCAGUCAGCCUCUCUAGAACCUCAGCCCCUCCCUUCCUGGUGCGUACUCGUCCAAAAGCGAUCCGCAUCAUCGGCCGUGUUCUUAGCAUCUCCCUCCAAUGUGAGGCACUGCUCAGCCAGCUCACAGUCGUGGGGGGAAACAAAUCUGGAGUGUUUGUGCACCAGGUGACUGAAGGCAGCGCCGCCCAUACUGUUGGCAUCAGCCCUGGGGCGCAGAUUGUGGAGGUCAGGUACGAGCAAAACAGCAGGGCUCUGAAGAUGGUGUUGGAGGACUCCACUUUAGAAGAAGCUACGUGGGCUCUCAGCCAGGUUACAGGCUUCUGUCACCUGUCCCUCAGGCCCAGGCAAAACGACUACGAGGCACUGCUACAGCAGCUGCAGAACAGCAAGACGUCGUCAGGAGACUCCUUUUAUAUUCGGGUCAAUAUAUCCCUUCCUGCUGACACCAGCGGGGCCUUAGCCGUGUCGUGCAACGAUAUCUUACAUGUAACAAACACGCGACCUGACGACACUGAGGAUCUGUGGCAUGCCAGCCAAGUUCACCCGUGUCAGCUGCUGGACCUGCAGAGUGGAACUGUGCCAAAUUAUUACAGAGCACAGAGGCUUUUGAUUCAAACAAUUGAAGAUAUGAGCUUUCAGACAAAGAAAGGUCAAAAGGUUGGACGAGUGGACGCCAAGAGUGAACAGAAGGCAGUAAGGAUUGUCAGCACGGGGCGCCAAGGAAGGAAUCCUCUGUGGGUCAGUGUGGAGGAGGAAAACACCAAAAGCACAGAGUCGGGUCCUCCAUCUCCAUCCAAAAGCUGUGUAACCCUCAUGCCCUACACCCUGGUUACUCCUCAUUUCCCACCAGUCUGCAGGCCUAUCCUGCUGUUGCCCACAAUACUGGGACGCAUGCUGGACAAGAAGCUGGACAGUUGGCAGGGCUUUCAACUCUGUGAGCCGGACGUGUUGACCUCCAGCGAGCAUGCCGCUCAUAUCCAGAGAUCCGAGAUCCUUGAGGAAGUUGAGCCUGGCGGAAACCAAUGCUACACACUUCAGAGUGUUGACAAAGUCAUGAAAAAGGGCCUUCACUGUGUGCUGCCAUUAGGCCUGGACUGUGUGCGUCGGCUGCACCGCUUCGAGAUCUUUCCAAUUAUCAUCUUCAUUGGCCUAUCUGCACGUAAUGCACGUAAACUGAGGUCAAAGCUGCAGCGUAAUGGCCAGACGGAGGAACAGCUGCUGGCAUGUUCGAAGAGUGAGGAGCCGCUGCUGGACAAGCUGCCGUGUCUGUAUCACAGCGUGGAUCCAGACUCCUGGUGUGACCAAAACUCCCUGCUAACCAGCCUCCGCACCCACAUCUGGGAGGAACAGAGGAAGAUUGUGUGGAUGGAGCCGGACCUGUGGUGAAGAGAAAAGGAGAUAAAUGGAGAGAAUGCUUGAGAAAAAAAAUAAAAAUAAAACAAAAAAAUUAUAAUAAAUAUAUAUAUAUAUAUAGGAUAGAUAAGCUUUACAAGAAAUAUUUUUGUAAACAUGAGUAUGUAUCUAUGAUACUUGUAACUAUAUAAACUCCUAGUGAAUAUUCAGCUGUGAUGCAUUGAUGUACCUAGAAAUAUUUUCUAAGCUGUAUAUUACUUUCUAUUUCAGGUAUUUGUUUAUAACAAGUAUGAGUAAAUGCAUUAUCUUAACUGUAAGGAAUUAUAUCUCCACAUUUUGUUGUAGGCCAGUUCUUGCUAUGAGGGAUUCCAUCUGGUAUAGAUCUCUUUUAAACCACUACAUCUGCCAAUACUAUUUUUAAAUACUAUCUGGAGGACAUUUUGUCUCUGUAUUUAUGGAAUAAAAGGUACUUGUUACAAAUUAAAAAGUAUCAUGGG